UCAAACCCCCUAUCAUGGCGUUGCAAACACUUUGCUCUACCAACUGAGCUACCACUUGACUCUCCAUCUAAUCCAUUCAUUCAUUAGUUGAAGGUACAUUUGUCAUUCUCCUGCUAAUUAGAGACAAGUGUGUCUAGUCAUUACCGUAUCUACUGUCCUGUCCACACACGCACAUACAUGGAUGCCACAGGAGGUUGGUGGCACCUUAAUUGGGGAGGACGGGCUUGUAGUAAUGGCUGGAAUGGUAUCAAACACAUGGGUUCUAUGUGUUUGAUGCCAUUCCAUUUGCUCCGAACGCACACUCACGCUCACACACAAACUCUCUCUCUCUCUCUCCUCUCUCCUCUCUCUCUCUGUAAAAUACCAUAUGAAGACCCUCCAAGCCCCCCCAACCAAUCUCAGAUCCUCAGAUGAGUUUAGAGACCAAUCCGAUACUCAAAGUCAGGAAUAUCUCUAUCUCCAGCAUCCUGUCUUUUUCCACCAUCAUUGUCAUGCAGAUUGAGGCUUUAUAAUAGAGAUUGUUAGCCUCUCUAGACCCAGUGAGGGAUCUCUCCACUGUGUCCUUAUCAGCAGGGGCCAUUACGCUGAUUGCAUUGUUACCAUUUUUCUGACGGAGGAGAGAGCCAGCAACACAGGAGACUGGAACUGGGGAUGGCAAGGGGGAACGGUGGGUCUCCGCUAGAGGUUGUGCCGGGUUAGUUAGGUGGUUGUGGGUGAGGUGAGCAGUCAUUGAGGUGUGCAGUCAGGGGUUUAGGGCGAGGAAGUGUGUAUUGUUUAUGUUACGCUCCUGAGUGUGUGUAGGUACGUAUGUUUGUGUGUGUGUGCAUUGUGCGUAGGUGUGUAUAGGUAGGGGUACAUGGUACAUGAGUAGGUUCACAGAUGUAUGUGUGAAUCGGGCUGUGUGUGUGUGUGUGUGUGUGUGUAUGUACGAGGGGGAGUUAUAAGACACGUCAGUUUAAUACAGGGAGCUGCAGUUGCCUGGCUACCGGCGGGGGCUGCACUUGUCUCCCACACAUACACACACACACACACACUAUGCUGCUCCAGUCAAUGAGUGCACACACACAUACACACACAGUCAUACACACACGCACACAUACACACACUCCUCCGUCUCUAUCUCUGAGUCGAACACACAAGGCUCCUCUCUCUUCACUCGCCGGCUCUGUCUUCGCUGUGACAACAUCACCACACCUCAGCUCUGUAAGCUUAGCUAGCUACAUUCCCUCUAGCAGAGAACCUUGUCAAUCUGUUAGCUAGCUACCUUCGCUCUCAGAGAGCCUUGUCAAUCUCUUAGCUAGCUACCUUAGCUCUAACAGAGAGCCUUGUCAAUCUGUUAGCUAGAUACCUUCGCUGUAACAGAGAGCCUUGUCAAUCUGUUAGCUAGCUACCUUCCCUCUAACAGAGAGCCUUGUCAAUCUGUAAGCUAGCUACCUUCCCUCUAACAGAGAGCCUUGUUAAUCUGUUAGCUAGCUACCUUCCCUCUAACAGAGAGCUUUGUUAAUCUUGCUUUGGAGAGACUGGAGGGUGAAGGGAUCCUUCUGGAAAAUGGACACAGACCAUCUGGAGUGGUACACUAAGAACAAUGCCGACGUAAAGAUAAAGAUGUCCCAGGUGAAACAGGUGGGCCUGCUGGCUGCCGGGUGCCAGCCCUGGAACAAAGAUGUGUGUGCUGCCAGUGAAGACCGGUUCGCUUACUGUGCAACACUUGCUAUAUAUGUCUACCAGUUGGACCACAGAUACAAUGAGUUCAAGCUUCGAGCCAUCAUGUCAGAGCACAAGAAGACCAUCACGGCCAUAUCGUGGUGCCCACACAACCCCGAGGUGUUUGCCAGCGCCAGCGCUGACAACCUGCUCAUCAUCUGGAACGUGGCAGAGCAGAAGAUUGUGGCCAGGCUGGAUAACACCAAAGGCAUCCCAGCGUCUCUGAGCUGGUGCUGGAACGCAGGUGACGGCGUGGCGUUUGUGUCCCACCGGGGCCCUCUCUAUCUGUGGGCCAUCGGCGGGCUGGACGCCGGCGUCACCAUCCACAAGGAGGCACACAGCUUCCUGUCUGAUAUCUGUCUGUUCCGCUGGCACCCCGUCAAAAAGGGCAAGGUGGUGUUUGGACACACGGACGGGAGCCUCUCUAUCUUCCAGCCAGGAUCUAAAAACCAGAAGCACGUGUUGCGCCCGGAGUCUUUAGAGGGGACGGACGAGGAGGACCCGGUCACAGCGUUGGAGUGGGAUCCCUUGUCUACAGACUACCUCCUAGUGGCCAACCAGCAUAAUGGCAUCAGAAUGGUCGACUCAGAGGGGCUCACCUGUGUCACUACUUUCAGCUUCCCCAGUUCAGCUGCCUCUGUACAGUGUCUGGCCUGGGUUCCCAGUGCACCCGGCAUGUUCAUCACUGGAGAUUCUCAAGUCGGUGUGUUGAGGAUAUGGAACGUGUCCAGAUCUACACCGCUGGACAACUUUAAACUGAAGAAGACUGGCUUCCAUGCUUUACAUGUGUUAAACUCUCCCCCAGCCAAGAAAUCCUUGAGCUCCAUCUCCCCGACAAAGAGCCACUACACAUCAUCCACCAGUGAGGCUGUUCCUCCUCCUACUCUAUCCCAGAACCAGGCCUUCUCCCUCCCCCCGGGCCACGCUGUUUGCUGCUUCAUGGAUGGAGGGGUGGGGCUCUACGACAUGGGAGCCAAGAAGUGGGACUUCCUACGAGACCUGGGUCAUGUUGAGACCAUAUUUGACUGUAAGUUCAAGCCAGACGACCCCAACCUGUUGGCGACAGCCUCGUUCGACGGGACCAUUAAGGUGUGGGACAUCAACACCCUCACAGCGGUUUAUACGUCUCCUGGCAACGAGGGUGUGGUCUACUCUCUGUCCUGGGCUCCUGGAGACCUGAACUGCAUAGCCGGAGCCACGUCCCGGAACGGUGCAUUCAUCUGGGAUGUGAAGAAAGGCAAGAUGAUCACACGAUUCAAUGAGCAUGGGAAUAAUGGUAUCUUCUGUAUCGCAUGGAGCCAUAAGGACUCUAAAAGAAUAGCCACAUGUAGUGGCGACGGCUUUUGCAUCAUUAGGACCAUCGACGGCAGGGUCUUACACAAGUACAAGCACCCUGCUGCUGUGUUUGGUUGUGACUGGAGCCAGAAUAACAAAGACAUGAUAGCCACGGGCUGUGAGGAUAAAAACGUGCGUGUGUACUACCUGGCCACCAGUUCUGACCAGCCACUCAAGGUGUUCACGGGUCACCUGGCCAAGGUGUUCCACGUGCGCUGGUCUCCUCUCCGAGAGGGUAUUCUCUGCAGUGGCUCAGAUGACGGGACUGUGCGUAUCUGGGAUUAUACCCAGGAUGCCUGUAUCAACGUGCUGAGUGGUCACACGGCGCCGGUCCGAGGCCUGAUGUGGAACACGGAGGUGCCCUACCUGCUGACCAGUGGCAGCUGGGACUACACCAUUAAAGUCUGGGACACCAGGGACGGAACCUGCCUGGACACCUGCUACGACCACGGCGCUGAUGUUUAUGGCCUGACUUGCCACCCCAGCCGUCCGUUCACCAUGGCCUCAUGUUCCCGGGACUCUACGGUCAGGUUGUGGUCCCUCACUCCGCUCAUCGCUUCGCUCCUGGUCAACGUCCUGGCUGACCACAGCUGGGAUGACAUCAUCGGCAACACGGAUAGGGCCAUGGUACCUGGUGCUACCCCUCUGCUCUGUGGGAAGGUGUCCAGAGACAUCAAGCAGGAGCUGGAUAAACUCUCCAGUGAAGUGCGGGUGAAGAAACUCAGGUGGUUCUCCGAAUGUUUCUCUCCACCAGGGGGGAGUCAUAACCUGUGGGACCUGGUGUCAGUGAUCAACGGGCAGGAUGACAGUCUGCUUCCCCAGAGCUACGGCAAGGGCAUCAUGCACAUGAAACACUUGGUCCGCUUCAAAACCUCUGAGGCCCAGGAAUUGACCAUAGUGAAGAUGUCUAAGUUCGGCGGGGGGAUCGGGGCUCCCAGUAAAGAGGAGAGACUGAGAGACGCAGCAGAGAUCCAUCUGAGACUGGGGCAGAUCCAGAGAUACUGUGAACUCAUGGUGGAGCUGGGAGAGUGGGACAAGGCAUUGUCAGUUGCCCCUGGUGUAUCUAUAAAGUAUUGGAAGAAACUCAUGCAACGAAGAGCCGACCAGCUGAUGCAGGAAGAAAACCACGAUGUCAUCCCGUACUGCAUCGCCACGGGAGACGUGAGGAAGCUGGUCAACUUCUUUACUGCCAGGGGUCAACUGAACGAGGCGCUGCUAGUGGCUCAGGGCGCUUGUGAAGGCAACAUCCACGUGCCUCAGACCGCCGUAAUCAACCAUACAACCACUACAAACAGCGACGACAUACAGGCAUAUAACGGGCUACUGCACUGUGUAUGUAAGGAGCUAGCGGAGUGGUAUUUCCAAGAUGGCCGUGCUGUGCUGGCGGCCUGCUGUCACCUGGCUGUGGACAACACUGAGCUAGCCAUGGCCAGUCUGAUCCGGGGUAAUGAGCUGGAGCUGGCUGUGUGUGUAGGGCUGGUGUUGGGAGAAUCAGCCAAUCAGGCCACUCACUAUGUCCUGGAGCUACUAGCCAGGAAGUACAUGACCACACCCACCUCCUUUCCAUCAGUUGGAAGCAGGGACCUGGCGGCUGACCUUCUCCAGAUGAUCCCAGACAACGAUGUCCUGCUGGCCAAGCUGUGUGCCUUCUACCCUGGGAGCUCCUCGGAGAUAGACCAAAUCCAUGAAAAAUGUGGUCUUCCCAGUCUGGAGAAGUGUCAGGCGUUAGCUGAGUCUGCUGUCAGCGAGGGAGACAUCUUCAACGCUGUCAAGUACUAUCUAAUGAGUCCAGAACCCGAGGCAGCCCUGCUUGUUGGCAUCGCCCACGUCAAAGAACAGCUGAGUGAUUCUGACUGGACCGUAGACUCUGUCCAUCCUAUCCUGGACCUUCUGGGUUACAUUAGAACGGACCGGCUCAUACUUGCCAAGUUCACUGAAGCUCGAAGUGAGCUGCUCAUCCUAUCUGGCUACAUCGGUGCACUGUUGGCCAUCAGAAGACAAUACUCCAGCAUUGUUCCUGCACUUUACGAGUACACCAGUCAGUUGAUGAAGAGGAGAGAGGUGUCUGUUCCCUUACAGAUAGAGCAACUCUCUGUAGAGCUGGAGGCAUGGAUGGCCUGCACACAGUCUCUCAUCAACUCCAGGGGUCCUGAUGAGGCUCCUUACACCCCUCCGUCAGAGGCCCAGAAGGCAGAACACGCCCAUCUGCUAGACAGACUCCAGGAGGAGCCACUCAGGGGCCUGGAGGGGCCCGACUAUGUCACAGGCUCCAACCUGCCCAGCCACUCUGAUGUACAGGUCUCCUGCUUUACCGGACUCAGGAUCCAGGGCCCUGUGUUUUUCCUUGAGGACGGUAAAUCGGCCAUAUCAUUGAACGACGCCCUUAUGUGGGCCAAAGUGAACCCUUUCUCACCUCUGGGGACGGGUGUCCGUCUCAACCCCUUCUAAGAGCCAGCCUAGCCAAUGAGGAUGGGCUACAGGACUAAUAGCAUUUGACUGGUCAGCCUCCGAGGCCAAGGUCACAUGACGGUAAAACGUCGACGUCAGGACCGACACCUGCUCUUCCUGAGAGAAAGAAGGAAAAGGGAUGGACGUUCCAGAACGAAAGAAGAGAGCUGGAAGGAUGCUUAAAAUGAGUUUUCUCCACUAUGUGCUUUUUUACAAUGUGUGCACCACAAGUCAUCCAGUCAACAGUGUUACAGCUUCUCAUAGAAAACGUGUUGCCGUACUUAGACACUGACAAAGAGGGUUCGCAUGGUUGAAACGGGUUAUAGUGUUUCUAUGUAGGAGCGAGACCAUUGUAGUUCGGCUGUCUUGUUUUAGACACACCGUCACGUGCACAUCAGUACACAGACAGACAAGUCGGCGAGCUAUGUGAUUCUUAUUAUGCUCAUGGUCAUAGCACCAGCAUCAUUUGACUGAUGAAUACCAUAUUUGUGUUGUAUUGCUGUUGGUUUAACGUUGCGCAAUGUUGCAUCAUCAUUUCUGUUUGUUACAGAAAUUAGCCCGCACACAUACAUGUACAAGAGCAAAGCGUAUGAUGAUGUAGGCUUACAGUGGUAGUUGAUCGAAAGCAAACAAAUACAGAGAAACGUACCUGUUAGCCUUUUAUUUAGCUUAGCAUCAAUCAAUCAAAUAAUUGAUGUAGGACUUGAUUGCUUUCGCAUUAAAACAGCUUAGCAGCAUCGUGUCUGUGCAGUACUGUGUUUGACUGUGAAUGUAUAAGACUUCUGCUGGACCCAAAAAAAUAAUGUGGACCUGUAAAGUUGUCAAUUUAAAACCUCUUUGGGCUACGCGUCCCACUAGUGACAACUUCCGGUGAAACUGGAGGGUGCGCAACUCAAAUAAAUAAUCAUAAUACUUAUGGAUAUUAAACAUUUAGGUACAUACAAGUGUCUUAUCGGUUGAAAGCUUAAAUUCUUGUUGAUCUCACUGCUGUCUGAUUUCCAGUAGCCAUUACAGUGGAAACAUGCCAUGCGAUUGUUUGAGGACGGCGCCCAACUUCAAAAUAUUUUUCCACCGGCACAGGUUUCAUUAACUCGCAAAUAGCGAUUAAAUAUUCACUUACUUUUGAAAAUCUUCCUCUGAUUUGUCAUCCAAAGGGUCUCAGCUACAACAUGUAGUGUCGUUUUGUUAGAUAAAAUCCUUCUUUAUAUCCCAAAAAGUCUGUUUAGUUGGUGCCAUCGAUUUGAGUAAUCCACUCGUUCAACAUGCAGAGAAAGGAAUCUAAAAAUCUACCACUAAACUUUGUUAAAACAAGUCAAAAUAUGUUUCUAUUGACUCCUCAGAUACCCUAAAAUGUAAUCAAACCAUAAUAUUUAAUACGGAAAGAAGUAUGUUCAAUAGGAAAAUUAUAUUAGCAGGUCCGUCUUGUCUUCAUUGCGCGCGCAUACACAAAUUUCCAAUAGUGUGUCCUUGUACUAAAACUCAGUAUUCUUACUCGUUUUGGAAAAAACAAGCCUGAAACCUUGAACAUAGAGUUCUGACACCCUGUGGAAGCCAUAGGAAUUGCAUACUGGGAGCUAGAUUUCAUUAUUGAACAACAGGCAGUUUACUUUGGGCACGUCAGUAAGGUGGAAAUUGGGAAAAAGGACCCUAGCCCUAACUUAUUUUAACUUGUGAAUAGGUUCUUGUAUUGUACAUAAGACUGUAAUUCCUAUUGAGUUGCGCAGUACUAUUUCAAGGAUCACAGUUGCUAGCUAGAAGGGUAGGUAGUUGAUACUGUACACGGCUAGGGACUUACAAGUGUAAUAGCUGUUACGAUACUGGAUCCAUAGAAUUAAAACUCCUAUUCUAUGGUGGGGUCGACGCUUUAGAAUGUCUCAUCAGCGUUACCUCGUCAUAAUCAUUCGUAGCCAUCACCUGACUGCAGAAUUUGUAGUGAUUUCAUAAUGAUGACAAGCUUCUGUAUGCAAGUCAUUAUUACCAUCACAAUUUGGCGGACAGGGUGACAACCUGCUAAAACUAGCUAGCUUAUAUGUUAAACAGAAAGCUGUGAUUAAAAAGGCAAUAUUUGAGAAUCAUUUUGCUUUUGAAACACAGACUUGAAUAAAUAGGCUAAUUAAUUAUUUAAAAAAUGUAAUACCUGAAGGUUGUGCCUUAAGAAAGUAGAAAACUAUUUAUCACCGCAACAUACAGUAUAUUGGUAAGUAGGGAUCACAGUUAAUGUAAAGAGAAGAGGUUCUUCCUUCUGCUUAAUGAAUCAAACAUUUAUUCACAUAAUUUAUACAAGUGCUGUAAUUUUUUUUUUACUAAUGUAUUGAUAUUAGUUUUCCACCUAUACUUCAAUUAUCUUCAAAUGCAUUUGUUUUUAUUUAUUUAUCUAUUUAUAUAUUGAUUAUGUUUUACUUAGACAUAUGUACAGUUUGUUUGUACUGCCCUUGCAGUUUAUAAAAUGUGUUCAUGAAAAUAUCAAAAUGUUAGUUUUGUAACAUAAAGACGAUACCAAUGUAAACAUGUAAAAUUUGUAAGCAGGAUAUAGCAGGAUAUAGCAGGAUAUAGCAGGAUAUAGCAGGAUAUAGCAGGAUAUAGCAGGAUAUAGCAGGAUAUAGCAGGAUAUAGCAGGAUAUAGCAGGAUAUAGUGUUGAUGGAAAAAUGUGAAGGUGAAGGAUCUUCUAAAUGGAUUGAGAAAAUUGCUCCAGAGCACCAUCUAGUAUUGUAGAAAAAAAAUUAAAAAGUCUACCAACAAAAAAAACAACUGAACUAAACCACAGCCGAAAAAUGCCAGAAGUAUAAUCUCCAAGACAACCACAUCAUGAAAUAAAAUUCUUAUUUAUUAGA